AUGCCACGCUCAGCCACAGUAUGGGCCGCCGCCCUUGUUCUGGCCAGUCUUUCUGGCUCUCCGCUCACGACAGCGGAGGCCAUGCCUGCACCAGGACCUCAACAAACCCAAGGCCGUCCCCGAUACUACUUUCCCAGGCAAGUGAAGCGACAGAUCGUAACCAACUCGACUACCCCGGCAGCCACUCCGUCCCCGUCUCCUGAGCCAGAGUCUAGCAGCUACUCCUCGCAACUCACAUCGCGUCAGAUGGACUUCCCGUCCUUCAUUGAAUCGCUUUUCCGUGGCAGUUCUGACACUUCGGCUCUUGCCUCUUCAGACUCACUUAUCAGCACCAGCGAUGUCGACACAACUAGCACCCUGACUUCCACACUGGACGAUCUCCCAACCACACUGCCUGAGAGCUCUUCGUCUGCUUCUGCCUCGGAAAGCAGUGUCUUUUCCCCGCCUCCUCCACCUCCAGCACCGUCAAGUUCCAGCAUUGGAUCAUCGAGCCAAGUUCAGGAGUCCAUCCUUGUGCCAACUUCUGAGGCUGCUUCAACCCCCACUCCAGAGGCCCCGCAAAGCAAGAAACCAGCCGAAACCCCCAUUGUGGAGAACCCUCCUCAAGUUGGCUCCACUAGUGGUCUCCCAGAGACCAUCAUCCAGCCUACUCCGUCACCUGAGCCUAUUCCUGAGCCUGAACCGACCACUGUUGUUUCCUCAUCAGCUGCUCAGUCAUCUGCACCACCAGCGGUAGAGAUCGGUACCACCAGCGGUCUCCCUGAGACCAUUGUGCAGCCUACCUCCACAGCACAGAGCAGCCCUGCUUCCAGCACCAAGGCCGACAGCCCUAUUCUGGGUCCUAUCCUCGGCUCAACCGGUCUUCUUCCGGACGUCAUUGUCCCGCCAACCUCCUCUGCCCCGAGCUCAGUUGCUGCCACAUCUUCUGCCGUCGACAACAGUCCUGCUUCCUCUGACGUGCCCAGCGUCGUCGUGCCGCCUACAUCCACUGUUCAGAGCGUAGCGGCAACUUCGACUGGAGGAUUACCUGAUGUGAUCGUGCAGCCGUCGUCUCCCAUUGUUGGAAGUGAGCCAGCUUCCACAGGUGGCAUUCCUGAGACCAUUGUACAGCCAACUUCAGCCAUUCAGAGCUCGGCUGUUGCUUCUACUGGAGGUCUUCCAGAGACCAUUGUUCAGCCGUCUUCAUCGGUGGUAAACAACGCGCCCGCCUCUUCUGGUGGUAUCCCUGAUGUUGUCGUACAGCCAACUUCCACUGCGCCUACUUCCAAGCCUCCUGGUCUCGAGAACACUCCUGCUUCUACAGGCGGAUUGCCCGAUGUUAUCGUUCAGCCAUCAUCGUCGGUCGUGGAGUCGCCUUCCGCGACGCCAACUUCUGCCGGUCUUGUUGGCGGACUUCUCUCAUCGCUCCUCAACCCUAUCAUCGGCUCUACUGGCGGAGUUCCCACAUCUGUCGUUCAGCCUACCCAGGCCAUUUCGUCGACCGUGCCUCAAUCAUCGGAGCAGGCUGUCGGUUCUACUGGAGGCAUUCCGGAGACUAUCGUGACACCCACUGCAGCUCCUGCUUCUUCUGCUGCACCAAGCUCUCCUGAUGCAUCAAGCUUCCUUGGGCCUUUCAUCGUCCCCGGAUCGACUGGCGGUAUCCCUGAAACGGUUGUUCAGCCCACCUCUUCCGCUGGCCUUGUUGGUGGUCUCCUUUCAUCUAUUCUUCCACCUGCGCCUACUUCGCAAGUUGGCUCUACUGGUGGCCUCCCUGAGACCAUUGUACAGCCUACUUCAGAAGUUGGUUCUACCGGAGGCGUUCCCGAGACCAUUGUGCAGCCUACCUCAUCUGGCGGUCUGGUCGGUGGACUCUUGUCUUCCCUUCUCGCAUCCGAAGCUCCUGCAGCCACCACCCAAGUAGGCUCUACUGGAGGUAUUCCCGAGAGCGUAGUCCUUCCUACAAGCGUCGCUGCGUCUGGUUCAAGUGGAUCGCCGCUUUUGCCAUCCUCUGGCAUCGUUAUUGGAAUUACCACCGCUCUAGGCACGGGAGAAUCUGCUGUUGCCACUCCGACACCGACUUUUCUAAGCUCUGGUGCCAUUCCCACCUCAGAGACUGCAGCUACCAGCUCUGGAAUCCUCGAUGUUCCAGGUCUUCUCUCUUCGGUUGUCUCGGAAUUGCCUGGUGUUUUGCCUACUGGUAGCGGUCUCGCGUCCACUGCACCCACUCCUGUAGCGUCUGCCAGUGCGUCUGGUCUCCUUCCUCCAGCUCUUUCUUCACUCUUGUCAUCGGCUGUUUCGGAUCUUCCAGCAUCUGCUUUGCCCAGUGCUUUGUCGAGCCUUCUAUCUGGAUUAGACUCUGCUCUCCCUACUGGCACUGGUCCUGUCAUCAUCCCGACCAUCUUGCCUUCCAGCUUGUUGUCUUCGGGUAUCCUGCCUUCGUCUGGAGUAUUGCCAUCCUCGGGACUGCUUCCUUCCUCUGGCGUCCUGCCAUCUUCCGGCUUGUUGCCCUCUUCAGGUGUUCUGCCAUCUUCAGGCCUGCCAAUCUCUUCUGGCAUUCUGCCUUCAUCUGGCGUGCUUCCCUCUUCAGGCCUGUUGCCAUCUGGUGCUGUACCUACCCCUACUUCUGAGGCAUUGUCUUCGUCGGGCGUACCUGCUUCUGAAAGCGUCGUGCCCACACCCUCAGAAACUGCCAGCAUUACACCUUCUGCGACGCUCUCUGAUACCAUCCUGCCUUCGGGCACGAUAAGCUCAGGCAUCACACCCUCUGGUACAGGUUCCGUCGGAACAUCUGCGUCAGCAGUCCCAACCUCGUCAGGUAGCUCACUCAGCGUCCCGGCCUCCGAAGAGCCUUCAUCGGCUACUUCGACCGCGUCUCCUGGCAGCGCCGCGCCUACUCUGAGUGCAUCAGGCUCUACCAAUGCUACACUCAGCGAGGCUCCUACAUCAGUGUUCAGCACCGGCUCCGUUGUUCUGCCGUCUUCGACAAAGUCCACGCCACCGCCAACAUCCGAGACACCUACAUCGACCAAGAGUGAAACUCCUUCUCUCGUCAUCCCGGUGACACCAACCCCCACCAAGACGGCACCACCGAUCUUUUCCCUCAAGCCAACCGCUACAGACAGCGCAACUUCUCUCGUCGUCGGUACUAGCAUCAUUGUAGAGGCCUCCACAAUGCCUACUCCUAGCCCUACUGCCAGCACUAUCCCAUCGAACCUGCCAAGGAUGAUUGCGCCACCCGGAGGAGUGCCCACAGAGAUCCCUCAGAACAGCUUCAUGGGCCAAGUGUGCUUCAAGUGGCCGUUGAACUACCCAUUCGUUUCCGCGAACGACGGUGGACAGCAGAUUUUCCAUUACUUGCCUCUGGCUAUUGCUGAUGGUUUGAACAUCUCAUCCACCGAGGUCAAGAACUUCGGACUCAAGCCACUGAACACUAUGGAGUACCAGGGUUUCAUCACUACGCUGGCUUUGUUCACUAUCCCCGCGGACUUGCAAACAAAGCUCGCAGCUCAGCUUCGCAACCCGGCGGAUGCUUUCUGGAACAACAAGAACUCGACAGUCAACGACCUUACUACCUUGAUCAAUACCGCAUGCCCUCUUCCUGCCGGCAAGCUUCCAGGUGACGGCAGCCCUGCCAACGCGGCCGAAGAGCCAGGCGCCACCUCUACUGGCGGUUCUGGUGACGGUGGUGCUAUGGGUGGUGAUAUCGGCGCCAGCCGCACUGUGAACAAGACCAGUGCCAUUGUUGCCAGCAGUGCCAUCGUCGGUGCCAUCGCGUACGGUGCGGCCAUGUUCUUCGUUGCUCGCCGAUACAGGAAUAAGCGUAUGGCCCACCAGCGCGCAAGCUCUGUGCCCAGCACAAGCCGCAUGACUUACGGUUCGAUUCCAGGCGGCGCUGCUGCUUGGAUGCACGGUGCUCGAAAUGGUCGGAUGACGCCUGGUAGUCGCGGCAGUCAAGGCAGCAGUAGCACUCAGGGACGCAGUGUUCGCACACAACAGAUUUCUGCUCCAGUCAUGGCCGAGAACUCUCUUGGCUGGAACUAA